CCUCCCUUCCCCCUCUCUCCUCUGAUCACCCUUUUAUUCCUCUUCUACCCCGUAAACUAAUCCUCCAUGUUCUUAUGCUGCCUCUCUGUCCUAUAUAUGUCUCUUCUUCUUGGUCCUCCUCCUCCCCUCCUGCCCCCGUAUGGUCCUCUCAGGUCUUGCCCCAGACCCUAAGCCCCGCCCAGGUGUCCAGUCUUUCAGGGCGGGGCCGGCACCACAGCGCUCGCUGGCCCAGAUGGGCGAGGAGGGUGAGUGUCGUGAACUCCGUGUGGUGAUGAACACCAACGACCCGGACUACGAGCAUAUCUACUCCAUCGAGAACUAUGAUGACCCUCUGGAGGAGAUUGUCCUCUUCACCCCCAACAUCAAUCAGAGCAGGGGUGAGGUUGUCAAAGUUUCUUCCUCGACUGGUGAGGCUGUGAAAGUUGUGCCCCAGAAAGCUGUGGCCUCUCAGAAAGCUGUGGCCUCUCAGAAAGCUGUGGCCUCUCAGAAAGCUGUGGCCUCUCAGAAAGCUGUGGCCUCUCAGAAAGCUGUGGCCUCUCAGAAAGCUGUGGCCUCUCAGAAAGCAGACAGACCUAAGAGAGACCUGAAGGGGGAAGCUCCAGUGGACCCGUGCUCACUGCCUCUAGAGGAGGGCACCUGUGGGCGCUUCACCCUGCGUUACUACUUUAACGCCCCGGCUCAGGCCUGCAGGCCCUUCAUCUACAGCGGCUGUGACGGCAACGCCAACCGCUUCCUCCUCCUGGAGCAGUGUGAGAAACUCUGCCUCGGGGGCAACACAGCGACUCCGUCCGGCAGACGAGGAUGAUGAAUAGGUACACAUUUACCACCUCGUUUCCAGCUCCAAGAAUGUCAAUAAACCGUAGUUUUGAUGUUUAAGAAUAUAAACAUCAGCUAAAGAUAUAUUUGAGCUGUUGAUGGAUCCAUGUUUUUCCCCAAGGUUGAUGGUUUAGAUGUUUGCUUAUUUAUUGCUAUUGCAUUUCUUCAGUCAGUGGGCACACCUUUUUACCCAAUGAUCCUUCCAUUUUAAUGGUCCAAAUGGUUGUUAUUGAGUACUGUCUGUACAUGACAUCUAAAUCAGUCCACCAAUGUACAGAAUUGUUCCACUGUUGAAGACAUAAUCUUUGAAGCACAAAAUAUUGACAUUGAAUUGUACAUAUAUGCAUAAUUUAACUUGGGAAAAGAGUUAUAUAUUGUUGUAGUAAUUUUAUUUGUAUACAUCUGCAUGUCUACUUGACAGAAAAGGUGCUAUUUUGAGAAGUAUUUUUAUACUGUUUUUAUAUAAGCUUUUUUUCUUUGGAUUGGACAAAUCACAUGACUUAAGUAUUAAACAGUUCUUAUGAUGAA